AUGAAUAACGAUCAACACAGAGUUACAGUUUCUGAGAUUGAGCAAGCCUCUGAACUUUAUACAGUCUCAGCUAUAAACACUGAAGAUACUCAGCAACCUCAUUUACUUCCAGUGAUAAACGAAAAAUAUAAACCUUGAUUGAAGCAAGUGAAUAUUAUUGAAAAGUGUCUUAGCCACUUACAGAGUUUUGUUCAAAAAGAUGAUGGCGUAAGUCAAGAUCAGCAGCAAAGAUUUAAUGAUUUCAAACAUGAAAUAGACAACAACUGAAAAGAACUGAAGGAAAAUAUUAAAGACAAGGCUGACAUUCAGCUUUUAAAUAAGAGAGUUUUCGCUCUUACCUCUAAAAUAGAAAAAUAACAGUUCUUUUAAAAACUUUGGAUCUAAAAAACUGUUGGCUUAUUAUCUGAGCGAUGAGCAAAAGGAGAUCGAAGAAUAUAAAGAAAUAAUGGACCAGAAAGACAAAGAUAUCAAUGAAUUGAAAGGAAAAAUGGAUCUGGCAAGUAAUCUUGUCAAAAAAUUUAAAAGAGGGCAGGCAACCCAAGCUAAUAUUAAUGAAUUGCUCAGAUUGCUAAAGGAAGAUGAGAAAAACUUCAUUGACCCAAGUGCCAAAAAUACUCAUCAGACUGCCAAGGUCAGCGCUCUCAAUAAAGCUUCAGGCACUAAUUCUACAGCUUCAAUGAAGUCUCCAAGAGAAAAGAAGCGUAGAAAUGUUAGAAAUAAAAGAGAAGGGAAAAACCAAAGAAAGAAGUUAGAAGAAAUCAUUGGAGUACAAGAGAAAAAUGAUACCGAAGAAAGUAAAGAAGGAACUAGUAAACGCAAGAAUUUUCUUAAGAGAAAGCCAAAGAAAUCAUCUACCAUCAAGCAAAUCCUUAUGAAGGAUUUGAUCAUUGCUGAGAAGGACCCAUAUGAGACUCUUAACCCAAAAUUACAGAAAGCUGAAAAUUUUCAAACUUCAAAAGAGGAAUUUAAAGAUAAUUUGGAAGAUUGUGAAAUAAACUCAAGCAUCCCUGAUCUUGAAAAUAAUAGCAAUCUUUCAGACAAUAUUCAAUCAAAUAGUCCUCACUCCUCUCUUGAGUAUUCAGAUGUUUCUGUAUCUUCUGCUCCAAAAAUAUUUUAUCCAGAAAUAUAUAUCAAUGGAGAAGAGAAAGUGUAUCCACCUUCAAACAUAGAGAUGGAGCCUGAUCGAGAGCCUCUGAAACUAAAUCGUACUCCAACAAACUACCCAUAUAGUCAACCUGAUGACCAGAAUGUGAGUGAAGAUCGGAAGGAAAGCAGACAAGGAGAUCAAGAUGAUCAACAUAUGGAAGAUGAAACUUUAGCAAGAGGAAAUCUAUUUCCAACAGAAGGCCAAAGAGUGUCUUAUUACCUAUCAGACCCUAAACACUUACAAUUUUUCGGCUCAUGCCAGAUUCGCUUCCCAAACUUAAAAUAUCUGGAACUGGCAUGCUCAGACAUUAUUUAUGGAGAUUUUUUUAAUUUUGCAAGAAAUUUCUUUCCUAACAAAAUUCAGCAUUUAAAAUGGUCAGCAGAUCUUUAUGGGAAUCAUUUCAAAAUCGAUAAAUAUCAUUCAUUGAUCAUUUCAACGAGUGAUAAAGUUGAAGGAAAGCUGGAGAUCAACAAAUUUAGCAUGACUCAGGCCAGACUUGAAGAACUUGUUGCUAAUUGAAAGCAAGGAAUUAAGAUUCAUUUCACAGGCUGCGAAUUUAUCAUUGAUGAUUAUUCAAAAUUCUACACCUAUUGAGAGAACCACCGUAUCAAAGGGCUUAUUCUUGAUCAAGAAUGAUCGGUGAAAUUAGAUAACAGCAUUACUUCUACACUAAGGAACAUACUGAGGUUUAUAACUUCCUAACCC